ACGAUGGUACUAAUAGCAAUGAGUCUCGUUGAAUACUUGUCCGAGACGUGCUUGGGGUACUAGAAGGCGUCAAGGGGAUGUACAGGGCGGGCGUUUCCUGUGGCUUGAUUAAUGCGGAAAAUGCUGGAGGUACACGCGUCAGGACCCCAAGUUUGGUGACAUCCAGCUUUGAUCUUACGUGUGGCAUAGAGGUCGGCAAGGCUAUAUAUCUUGUCUUCGCAACAUGGUUUCGUUGCUUCACCACCCAUCAGCUCCAGCUUUCUUCCAGAUACGUAUCUUCCCUACCACCACCAUGAAAUCUCUCCUGUUCUUUUCAAUCAUACCUUCCACUCUUGCACUAGUCGCACCGCUCGAGCGCCUGAAACCCAAUGUCUAUAAACGUGACGCACAUUGGGAAACAAAGUCUUGGUCCCAUGGUCCCGACACCGCCACCAUUACCGUAACAACGACUUUGAUUGUCACCAUUAACGCCAUCCCGACAGAUGAUGGAACGUUUCCCAACACCACUACCACGGAAACGAGCGUGACAGCGACAUCCGGCGACGGCCUCGCACCAACUACGUUGAUCACGCAGCCCAGUGGGGCUUCUACGCCGCAAGAGACAAGUGAUAUCCUAGCACCUAUCACGUUGAUCGAUCUCAGUACGGCAUUUUCUCUGUCUACCGCCACUGGAGAUGCGGAUGGCGCCGCACCUACACCAAAUGAUAUCGAACCAAUUACGUUGAUCGACAUCAGCACUGCGACCCCCAUCUAGAUGGAAUCAAGACUGGAGGAAGGUUGUGGAAGAGACGUCGGUAUGAUACGACGUUGUAUUGGUAUAAUCAGAGAACCCGUAGCUGGAGGAUUAUUGUGGUCUGCCUCGUGAUGGAAGUGGUUUCGUUGUACAUAUUGUCUUUCUUUGGGUCUUGAAUCUAACACACUCGCUUGAUGCGUUGACUAGGUCUUACACCAUUAACAAUGCUAUUCAUGCCGUUAUGUCGGGAAGAUCAUUGGUAGUAGUCUGCGUUCACGCUAUCCUGAACACAACGCACGAAUAACAGAGG